GCCAACGGAAGACUCGCUUGUUGCUGGGUGAAAGAGUUCAGGAGCUGAAUUUUGGACUCGAGCGGUCACAUCUAGGCCUUCCCAUUGGAUGGUGGUUGCCACGGGGGUCAUGGACAACAUCGUGAUCCUGGACGAUGAUGAGGAGGAGAACCCGCUGCCCUGCUCCUCCACUUCCUCUUCCUCUACGCCGGUGAAUAAGAUUCUGAAUGCUUCAAGGCCCACCCUUGCCCCCACCCACAUUACCCAAUCACCUUUUGCCUCCAGCAAGACAGACAGUCACAUCCUUCAGCUGGAGAACCAGAGGCUCUUUGCUGAGUUUUUGGAGCAUUGUGCCAACCACACGCAGGACUGCCCCGAGGUCAUGACCUUCCUGCGGGCCAAGCACACGAAGGCCUCGCCGGAGUUCCUGGGCUCGGUGGAGUUCCGGAACACCCUGGGCCGCUGCCUGACGCGCGCCCAGUCCGGCCGCACCAAGACCUUCGUCUACAUCAACGAGCUGUGCACGGUGCUGAAGCAGCACGCCGCCAAGAAGAGGCAGGCUGUGGUGACGCUGGAGCCCAGCGGCCCGGAGCCCGGCGGCCCAGAACCCGGGGACCAGGCCGAGCCCUCGGAGGAGCAACCCUCCACCUCAGGGCAGGAAGAGAAGAAGAAGAAGGCCCCCAAGGCCUCCAGGAGACAGAUUGCGUACCUGGAGAACCUGCUGAAGGUGUACUACGAGGAGAUCCGGAGGCUGCAGGAGAAGGAGCUGAGUCUGGAUGAGAUGAUGGAGGAGGAUUCGGGGUACAUCCAGGAGCACAAGCUCAAACGCAAGAUGAUGAAGAUCUACGAUAAGCUGUGUGAGCUGAAGGGCUGCAACACGCUGACGGGCAGGGUGAUCGAGCAGAGGGUGCGAUACAGUGGGACACGCUACCCAGAGAUCAACAGGAAGAUUGAGCGCUUCAUAAACAGCCCCGAGUCCAGGUCCAGCCCCCCCGACUACACUGACAUCCUGCAGCUGGUGCAAAGGACCAACGAGCGAUACAACCUGUCCCUCAGCCGCAAGCAGCUGACCCAGAUUGCCCAGGACGCCUUCCGAGAGACGGGCAACCGGCUGCAGGAGAGGCGGCACCUGGACAUGGUCUACAACUUCGGCUCCCACCUCACAGACUGCUACAAACCCGCUGGCGACCCCGCCCUCGCUGACCCCACCCUAGCCCGCAAGCUGCGGUCCAAUCGGGAGGUGGCCCUGACCAGCCUCGAUGAAGUCAUCACCAAGUACGCCCUGAAGCAGGACGACACCGAGGAAGACGAGAGGAAGAAACGGCAAGAGAGGGACCGGGUCAGGAAAGAGACUCUCGCUGCCCAAAAUGAGAGUAAAAAAACCGAGGAGGCGAAGGAGGGGAAGGAGGAGAAGGAGGAGAGCGAAGAGGAGGGAGGAGAGAGCGAGGGGGAUGAACAGGGAGAGGACGAGGGAGAGGAAGACGAGGAAGAUGAGGUGUCUUCAGACCCAGACAUUGAAGAGGAGCUGCAGGCCAGCCAAUCACAAGGUGCCGAUGAUGAAGAGGAGGAUGAAGAAGAAGAUCAGGCGAAUCUAAGUGAGGAAGAUGAGCGCUGGGCUUCGGGCGGAUCCUCGGGCUCUGACAGGGAGGCGGGCACAGAGGAGAAUGGUGAAGGGGACAACCAAUCAGCAAGCAGCUGCCAAGGAGAGGCUGCCGCUGAGAGUCCGUCUGUUAAAAGCAACAUGAAGGAAGACCCCACCCCCUCAGCCAGCCCCAGCCAAUCAGGGGCCACCGUGUCACCGGAGGCAGACGCAUCAUCGAACAGCAAUCAUGCGAUGGGCGAACCUGUUUCCUCCAAUCACAUGUCGGCUGAUCAGCAAAGCCCCGACCGAGGCGCAAAUUCGCCCUCCUCUUGCAAGGGCACUAAGGACCAAUCCUGCCCCUCCCCUUUCACGGCGAAUCGCCACUCCCCGUCGCCCUCACCCACGCUUGAUUCGUUCAGUCUGGUCUCUCUGCCCCGGACAGCCAAUAGCAGUGCCAUCCCGCUGGCCCUCUUGAUGACUGAGAUGGGUGCAAAUCCUGAGCCAAUCGCUGGCUUCCGGAAGAGGAAGAGGAAGAGGACGAGGGAGGCGAGCCCCAAGGCGGCUUUCAACGGCAGCCACAAGCGGGACAGCAGCAGCAGUGACAGCGACAUCCCGCUGGACAUGGGCGUGGUCACCAGCAGCCCCCUGCCCGCUGACUCCACCCGAGCCGACACCCCCUCCCAGGAGCCCGUCAGCAGCUCCGAGUGCACCCCGCCCCCCAAGAAGAACAAGGUCAACGUGUGGACCCAGUGCGACCCGGAUGAAGUAAUCAUCCUUUCCGACUCAGACUGACCUUUCACCCCAGGAAGUGAACUCUUGCUCCGCAAACAAUGGGCUCCAUUGUCUGUCAGGACCAGCGCUUGUUGCAGUGUCCUGUGUCCACUGGGGGGCGUGAGAUUCAAGCUGGUGAGGCUAGUGAAGGCCGACACCCCCAUUCACAAGUCAAAUUUCUCCUGGGCCCCCCCCCCCCCACCGAGUGAGGGCUCUACACUUGAAGCUGGGAGGGCUUGAAGAAAACAUUCAGGUCUCUUGUAUAUUUUAACUGGAUUAUGUCACAUUGUGAUAAGUUUUUUUUAAAUGUUCUUUCUGGAGAAAGGGUGCGUGGUUUCCGUGCUGGUGGCUUGGCGUGCAGAAAGCGGAAAGCGGUAAGCAGGGUUUUUACAGCUCGUUUCUACGCCAGGAUUGAGCCGCUGUUGGCGGAUUGAGAGUGCCCAGCGUACUCUCUGCUGGGCCCCGUGACGGGCUGUUCUGCUGGGAGCAGCGGAAGGGAAAGGCCGGCACGUGCACGCUUCGGCCUCCAGCUCUCUUCUGUCUUUGCGGGUGAGCAGCUCUGCACGCCUGCCGGCACCCUCGGCAGCACGACCGACGUCGUCUCCGCCAACUUCGCAGCCGAGCUCCGCCAUCGAGACGGCGGGACGGGUUUAAACCGCAAGAGGGUUACUGCCCGAUCUCCCUUCCUAUUUCCUUACCU